AUGGAGUUAAUAUGGUAUCUAGUGACGUGGCAAUACUUCAAUGGUUCAAAAGGUAUCUUACAACCAAUUACAUCACGCCACAUGAGCUUGAAGGCUACGAUCUUAAUCUUAGGGCUGGUAUGGAGCAUCCAGGCAGUGUUAGGGAUUAGAUUCGUGAUAGACAGAGAAGAAUGCUUCUCACACAAGGCUGAAUACGAAGGAGAUACCCUUCAUGUCUCUUUCGUGGUCAUCAAGUCUGAUUCUCAGUGGCAUUUUAACGAGGAUGGUGUAGAUCUUGUGAUACAUGGGCCAACAGGGGAACAAGUUCAUGACUUCAGAGAGCAGAUUAGUGCCAAACACGACUUUGUUGUCCAAAAGAAAGGAGUUUACCGUUUCUGUUUCACUAACAAGUCUCCUUAUCACGAAACCAUUGACUUUGAUGUACAGCUUGGUCACUUUGCUUACUACGACCAGCACGCAAAGGACGAGCAUUUCACUCCCUUGAUGGAGCAGAUAUCAAAGUUAGAGGAGGCUCUUUACAACAUUCAGUUUGAACAACAUUGGUUAGAGGCUCAGACCGAUCGUCAAGCCAUUGUGAAUGAGAACAUGAGCAAAAGAGCAGUACACAAAGCUUUGUUUGAGUCGUUUGCAUUGAUUGGGGCGAGUGUCCUUCAAGUUUAUCUUCUACGUCGCUUGUUUGAACGCAAACUCGGCAUGUCUCGUGUCUAAAAAGAAGUAUUUAAGUCUAUUAAGUGGUUUUUGGAUGCUUUUGUUUUUUAGCCCCUCUUAAGUAUUUAUCUUGCUUCAUAAGUUAAAAUGUACCACAGAAUCUUUACUUAACUCUUUUUACAGACACAAUUGUAGUUCAUCUGAAGAUUUGCGUUUUUACGUUUUCAAGAAAUUAUCCAGACAUUAAUAUUCUGUGUAACAACAACUAG